GUCGCAUCCCGGAGGAAGGUAACAGGUUGCAGUCGCCACCGCAUAAUGAACUUCUUUCAGCGACUAUUUGCGUCCUUUUCGUGCGUUCUUUUGGAUGCAAGUGUGGGAAAGUAGACGACACGUUUACUCCGGAGAGGAACUGAAGUGACGCAGAGGAGAAGAGAAGCAAGGAAAGAGUACGAAGUGUUGGCAGCAUGAACACAUCAUCGUCUGGUCAUAAGACUCCAGUGGACCACGGCGUCCAGAUUCGCUUCAUCAAUGACCUCCAUGAAUAUAGAGGAGGGCAGCAUGGCUCUCAACCCAAGACCAAGUCUCAGACCUUCUCCAAGUACGGCGUAGCUGUCAGGGUGCAGGGCAUCGCUGGACAGCCGUACGUGGUUCUGAAAGACGGCAAGAAGGGCGACUCGUACGGAGUUCAGCUCAGGACUCAGUACCCUUCUGGCUACGGUAGUCUCCCCCGCAGGAGGGAGAAGGGUGAGCCAACAACACAUGGGGUGGAAGAAGGAGGGGGUCAUGGAGGUGCGCUACGCCGGGCCCAAUCCCAUGGAUCACUCCUAGAAAGGGAGGAAGGGGCUGGUGAUGAGGAGUUUCAGCUGUCGAGGCCUCCAGGGGAUGGUAAGUCAGGUAGCUAUGGGAACCUGGACAGCGGGCUGGGAGUACGAGGAGAAAGAGAACCAGCUCGGAAUGUCUGGGAUGGUUCUUAUCAGGCAAGACUGAAUGGCUCAGUCGGGUCGCUAGUGAGUGACAGCCAGGCCUUCACUAACGCCCCACAGCACGCGCACUCUGUCAACCGACUAGUCAACAGGUUUGAUGAUGACAGAAGUGGAGGUCAGCAGCGAGGCUUGUCUCCUUCCCACGACCCCAGAGAUGUGCAUCCACAUGGCACCGCCAACCAUUACCCAUCACCUUCAUCCUCAACUCACAGCAGCCCGGCACGCAGGCAGAACGCUCACACCAACAUCCCUGGACACCCGGUGAAUAAGCGGACAUCAGGCAGAUAUGUUGCUGUGGAGACGGAGCCACAGAGUGCAGAGGUGAGCAGUGGGGAGGAGCAGAUCAUGCAGAUAAUAUACAGCAUCCUGAGAGAAGGGACCAAUGAGAGCGACGUUUCCAUCAAGCAUAAAGUCAACAUCAUCUGCCAGAGGAUUCAGAACCUUCAGCACAAAGAACCUCCCUCGGACUUCAGCAGAGAAAAGAGGGAGCUAGAGAGGAAGGUGGCGGAGCUCCAGAACGCCUUGCAAAAAGAACGGAGGGGUUCUCUUAACCAUGCGGACAAAGCUCUGAAAGAUGAGCUGGAAUCCUGCUUGGACGCAAAUCUGCAACUGCAGGAAACGCUGGACCGGAAGAAGAAAGAACUGAGUGAUAGCCACUCUGAGCUGACUCAGCUGCGCAUUGAAAGGGAGAAUGCGGAGGCUCGUGCCAGGGACAUGGAGGACCAGCUGGCUGAGCUUCAAGAUGAACUGAGAAGAGAGAAUGGCAGCAAGGCGGACAUGGCCACUCUCGAGGCGCAGCUGUUGGACGUCUGUCGGCUGAAGCAGAAGCUGGAGGAAACCCUUCGCCAGCGAGAGAGGGAGCUGACGGCGCUGAAGGGAGCUCUGAAGGACGAGGUGGCCACGCACGACAAGGAGAUCGAGGCGCUCCGAGAGCAGUACAGUGCCGACAUGGAGAAACUGAGGAGUAGCAUGGAACAGGUGUCUCAGUCUCAUGCAGGGAUAGAAGCUGAGCGCUUGCGCAUCAACACUUCCGUUCGCACCCUCCAGCAGCAGCUAGAGGACUGCAGAGAUGAGAGCAGCCACUGGAUGGAGCAGUUUCACAACACCAGAGACGAACUUCGCUCUACCAAACAAGAACUCCUCCAAGCCCGACUGGAAAAAGAAGAGAGUGAGGAGGAACAGAAGGCGCUCCAGGACAAAUUGAACACAAUGAAACAACAGAUACCGGAACAGAGCCACAAACAAGCUCUCAACCAGGAGCUUGAACGGAGCAAUGCUGAUCUGCGCAAGGCAAAGUCAGAAGUGGAGAAGCAGAGGACAGAGUUUGACAAAAAGGUCAUGGAGAUCAUCUUGGUAAAAAAGGCUCACCAGGAACAAGAGGCAGAGCUGAAAUAUGAGAUCGACCGGCUCAAGAACCAGCUGCAGAGGGCCAAAGAUGACUUUGCCAAGGCCCAGGAGAAAAGCAAACGGCUCCCAGAUCCAGCCAGCAUCUCAGAAUUGGAGCAGAAGCUGAGCGAGGCACAAAAUGAAUCUAGCCAGCUUAAAGAAAAACUGUCAUUGACUGAAGAGGAGCUGGAGGCCAGCAAAGCCCGUUUGAGCAGAGCUCAGGUGGACCUCAAAUCCUUUGAAGACGCUCAGAAGGAACAGACAGAGUCCAACACACGUCUCAAGGACAAACUGUCACGGUUGGAGGCUCAGCUGCAGACCAAUGCUGCUGAGAGCUCAGAGGCCGAGCUUGCCCUUCACGCCGAGGUGAGAAGCCUGAGAUCUGAGCUGGACGAGACGAAGAGAAAAACCUCGCGCUUGAGUCAGGAGCACCGUGAGCUCAGCCAGCGUGCGGAGGAUGCAGAGAAAGACAAGGAGGCGCUCAAACAGAGUCUCAGCCAGAUGGAAGAUAUCAAACGACAGCAGGAGAGAGCUCUGGAGAAAAUCAACAAGGAGUUUGAGUCUCUGACCGUGUCGUCAAGCGGGGAGGUGCAGUCUCUCAGGCUUCAACUGGAGGAGCAGAGAGAACGCGCACGCAAGGAAAUCCAAGAGGUACAACGUCACGGAAGCGACGCUCAAAGCGAACUGGACAGAAGUCACACAAAUCUGAGGCGACUGGAGGAGGAGCUGUCACGGCAGAAGAAGGAACUCCUGCUCACGUGUGAGGAGAGAGACAACCACCAGCUGGAUAAAGAGAUGCUCACCAACAGACUGCGCCACCUGGAGGGAGAGAUGGAGGCUGGCAAGAACAACCUCAAUGAGAAGAUCAGGGAGAUUCGUAUCCUAGAGGACAAGUUGAAGCGUUUGGAGUUGGAGCUGGAGGAGGAGAGGAGCAGCGCAGAGAUGCUGACAGAGCGCGUGUCCCGAAGCAGAGACCAAAUUGAUCAGCUGCGCUCAGACAUCAUGCAGGAGCGAUCCUCUAAACAGGACCUCGAGUUAGACAAGAACGCGAUGGAGAGACAUCUCAAAGAGCUGCGGGGUCGUCUAGCAGACAUGGAGGGCCAGUCUCGCUCCUCAGCUGGAGUCUCUCAGCUGGAGAGCAAAAUCCAGGAGCUUGAGGAGCAUCUCCGGAGUGAGGAGAGAGAGAAGAAUUCUGUUCUGGCAUCCCAACGGCGUCUGGAGAGGAAGCUGAAAGAGUUGAACAUGAUGCUGGACGAGGAGAGACAAACACACACGGAACAAAAAGACCAGCUUUCUCUAAAAGUGAAAGCUCUGAAGAGGCAGGUGGACGAAGGCGAGACAGAGCUGGAGAGGGUCGACACGCUGAGGAGGAAGGCUCAGAGAGACAUGGAGGAGCAGAUGGAGCUCAAAGAGGCCUUGCAGUCGCGCGUCACCGCUUUGGAAACAGAGCUCAAGAGGAAAGCCACAAUGCGGCCCGUCUUGGAUUCAUCUGCUCUCAGCUCGGAUGACGAUGACAGCAUUUACGACCCGUCCUCCAUCACCUCCAUCCUCACUGAGGGCAACCUCCAGACCAGCUCCUGUUGAAGUGUAGCUCACCUUUAGACGAAUAGUACAGAUGAUGCACUACAGACCAAGGAAGGGAGUAUUAUAAAGGUUAGUAGGGUAAGCAUUCUCACAUGAGGAGUGAAUUGAAGGAAGCUGAACUUCCUCUUUGGUCAAGGGAACUUCCUUCUGGGAGCGUUUGUACACAAUUAGACUGACAAAUGAACAUUGAGCUCUAUUGCUGCUCCACUUGGUACCUCUUAUUAGUUUCUUUUAUAGUUUCCCUCCAUUUUUAAGACUAAAUAAGUGCACUAUUUCUAUGCAUUCCUUUUAUAUACAGCCACAGAACACAUAGAAUUAUGAUGCCUUCUGAUUGAUCACGAAAAUGUAAAUGUUUGUAAGAUAAGAUAUGCCUUUAUUAGUCCCACAAGGGGAAAUUCCAGUUUGUAUUUAACAUUCCUAGUCUAAUUUUGUAUCCACUUUGAACAAUCACAACUGACGUACAUUUGCUGCACUGUGUUGUUUGUUUAUGUCUUAAAGUAAAAUCAUAGUCCCUAAUGGGUUUUCUUCAGUUAUCACCAUAAUGCAAUUGCUAACCGGGUACAUUUCUGACUGGGUUUUUUUGUAUUGCAUAUGCAUGUAGUAAAAGAAAGACUUAACUCACAAGAAAGGCAUUUCUUGGCAUUUUUUCAUCAUGCUGUCAUUGUGUGUAUUUUUGGACCUUUUUUCACUUCUCUCAUUCAUAAUUGCGGUAACUUGAAGGAGUUGCGCUGACGUGCCCUCUCUCACUCCUUCAGCAGAGAUGUGUCAGCUUUUUAGGAAGUGAUCACUCUGCUCACAAAUCACUCACACUGAGAAACUUUUUAAAAGCGUGACCCGGAAAUAUUCAGGAUUUCUGGAAUUAUCCCAAAGCUGAUGUUUAAAUAUUAAUGAACUUAAAGAGUACUUAGGCUCCUACGAAGGUCAAAGUCAGUUGAGACUCGCCUCCCGCCAACACACAAUAAUCACUCCUCACAAGUCACUGUAUCAAUAGGCAGUGGUUAUCGUAUUUUUUUUUUCAGUUUAUUGCAUUUGAUACGAUGUACUUGCAUUAUUAUGCUAUAUAAAUCAUGAAAAAAUGCUCUCAAAAAUGUCCAUAAAAACAGUUAACAAUAAUUUGUAGGACAAUUAUCUACCAGCAAAAUUAGUUUUCGUG